ACAUCGAUACUCGUACGUACGACCCUUCUUGGCCCUUCCUUCUUCUCUUUUUUUCAUCGUUGCCACAUGCUGUGGCCCUGUGGGCCGCAUGGCAUGGCCAAGGCCGGUCCGUCCCCAAGGUGUUUAGCACUAUGGAGCUGUCACGGUAAUUAUGACAGACCUGCUAUCUCAUUCCUACUCUGAGUCUGAGAGACUGACAGUGACACAGUAACUGGUCCGAGUCCACAGAUAGUGGUCCAGAACAGUGCGUAAGGAGAGGUGACGAAGUCUGUGAGCUCGGAGACUUAUCGACUGGGGAACGAUUAGCGCUAGCGGUGAGGAUGGCUUCUGACAUGGGAGCGAGACCUUCAGUUCCCUGGCAAUUUGUUGUGAGCAGCAGCAAAGCUGUAUGUGGAGAGCAGGCUGCCUUGAAAGGUGCACAACUGAUCAGGGAGGCCAUUUCUAAGAGAGGAUCUUGCAACAUCAUUCUGGCGACGGGUUCCUCGCAGUUGGAUAUGCUAGAACACUUGGUGACGUCGGAUGGUGUCGAUUGGAACAAGGUGACUUGCUUUCAUCUCGAUGAGUACAUUGGUCUGUCUGAUGAUCACCCAGCAUCAUUUGUAGGGUAUCUUAGGGAGCGUUUUUUGAACAAGCUGCCCACCAAACCUGCAGCUUUCCACUUCAUCAACGGGUUGUCCAAGCCAGAAGUCACAUGCAAACAACUUGGAAAUGUAAUCAAGCAGCAUCAGAUUGAUGUUGCUUUCAUCGGAAUUGGUGAGAAUGGCCAUUUGGCAUUCAAUGACCCGCCUGCUGAUUUUGAAACCGAAGAGCCCUACAUAUCUGUCCAAUUAGCGGAGUCUUGCCGAAAACAGCAGCUCGGCGAGGGUUGGUUCGCCACACUGGAAGAAGUUCCACAACAAGCCAUUACCAUGAGUAUUCAUCAAAUCAUGGCUGCACAACACCUUAUUGUCACCGUCCCGGAGAAGCGAAAGGCUAAAGCUGUGCACGACACAAUAAUGGGAGAAGUGGACUCCAAAGUGCCAGCCACAAUUCUCCAAAGGCACGCGCACUGCUACUUGUACCUGGAUAUUGACUCAACACGUGGCACGAGAUAUCAAGUCAGCAUGGAGAAAACAAUGGAUUGACAACAGAGCGUAUCGAGUGAUUGGAAAAGAUAGGAGUUCAUUUAUCUUAUGCACUGACACACAUGAGCGUCACCACACCCAGAGAAGCCAAUGCAAUAUUGGACUGUGGUUGCUUGAUACAAUGGCGGGAAGCUGCUGCUACAAACGUUGACAGAUUUCGAAACAUAGCAAUGAGAGUUUGAACUGUUCUGAAUUUUCA